AUGAGCGCCUUUACCGAUUUAGAUGAACCUUGGAGCCCCAAUCCCAAUCCACCGGAGUUCGUAAUAACGGAAUUAUCGCAAAUAGAUUUUGCAGCUCUUACUGAAAUCCUUAGUUCUGGUGAAUUGACCGGAGCAAACAGUCCCAAUUCUUCAAACUUAUCAGGAUCUACCAGUGAAGGUGUGAUCGCUUACGAAUCUACUGGAACGAACGACCCCCUCAAUAAUUCGCCUUUGUCACUUUAUUCUGAGCUGCAGCAGAGCGAACCCCUCGAAAUAAUAGCACAACCGAACGAAGAGUACCGCGGACGUUAUAAAUGCGAGAACAGUCCAGCGAAUCGUUUUAUACGUACUGACCCAGAAAAAAGCCCGUAUCAAUAUCCGACUAUUAAGAUUCCUAAGCAAUGGCGUUCUUGGAAUCCAUGGCAAAGACUGUAUAUUCGAGUGACUCUUGUCACCGAAAGGAGUGGAACAGGAAGUAAUUAUUAUAUUCAUCCAUAUGAACUUACUGCGGUGGAUGGUGAUGUUUUUCAAGAUCCAUCUCAAAAUAAUUCUCUUUACUUUCCUGUGAAUGAAAAGGAAAUGUUAACAGGCGAAAAAAGUUUUCGACUGAUUGUCACGAAGAAAAAACAAGAGGAAUUGAAAGCACAUGGUGCUCUCAUACCAUUUGGCUUCGAACCAUCGUGUCAGUCGCAUGAUGAGACCAUACAAAAUGUAAAGCAAACCAUCGAAUUUUACCAGCUGGGAGCGUCCAAACUUGCAUUCAUGAUCGCUCAUCGGACUGAUGCCAUAUCAGUGCCCGUUUUUCAAUGGGAAACCCUUAUUUUCUCUACAUCUAUGAUUGACACGACUACAAGUGGCUCAAGAUCACCAGCGCGGCAAUUCAAUGAUACACGCGCAUCACCCCUUAUUAAAUGUAUACCACAAAAAGUUGAUUGGAGAGGAAACGAAGAAAUCGUUAUCAUCUUACCACAACAACCCAACAGACAGAAAAACUAUACCAUUACCUUUGAUUUCACACCACAUCCAUUAGUGGUACUUAACAAUGUCACACACAUUGACAAAAGAGUCUUUUCAUUCAUGGCACCACAAUGUCCACUGCCAUUCACUGACCAGCCUCGUAAUUUUCCAAUGACUAUCAGAGAAAACAAUGUAGUCAUAGCCUUGGUCAAUUUCACCUAUGUACCACCCAUCAGCAUGACAUUGAGCCUGUGCCCAGCUUGUAGUCAAACUACAUUCGUCAAUCAAGGAAACACGGCAAGUAACAAACGACAGCGUGGACGAGAAGAGUUGGACGAUGUUAAGUUCGUGGGUGAUCUGACAUCGGGAAUAGCAAGGAUGGGACUUGAACGGAAGGACAGCGAAGCAUCGUCAUCAUCGUCGUCAUCAUCAUCAUCAUCAUCGUCGGAAUCAAUGCCAAGUGCUACAGCAACAACGACAACUACAGCAGCUACAAAAACAACAACGACUAAAGUAACUACAGCAGCGGCACGAGAUGAUCAUGCUGCUAAACUCGACAAAUAUCUCGAUCAACUACAAGAAGCACUAGUCCAGUUUGUUCAAACCAACGAUCCUUCUCGACUGUUUCGUCGAACUCGCGUGUUGUUGUCGAAAUGUGUAGAUAGUCCACCACCACUGCAUGUUGCUAUCGAACGAGGACACAUUUCGUUGGCGCUGACGAUCAUUGAACAAGUGGCUAGUAUGCGCGAAGAAAACGACAUACUGGAGAGAAGAAACGAAAGUGGGGAAAACGUGCUGUUAGUCGGAGGUCGAUGUAAUGCAUGGAAAGUGAUUGAGAUGUUGGUGAAGAUGCGAAAAGAUGUGAUUGAAAGAGUGGACAAUGACGGUAAUAACUUGUUGCACAAAGUCGGAAGUGUGAAGGAUGAUGCGGGUGCUGAAACAAUUAAGAAUCUCUUUAAUAUCAUGUCUGAAGAAGUGAAGACGAAUCUAUUGAUGCAAAUGAAUAAAAAUGGUGAGACUCCAGCGAGAACAGCAGAAUUACAUGAAAACACAUGCUGUUUUGAAUUAUUAUCUCGUAAUUAA